GCCGGGGCGUGCGCUGCGACCACCACGAGCCGGAGACUCUUCUGAGCCUGCGAAUGCCAUGGGGUGCGCGAGCAGCGCUCCGUUCCUGGCGGCCCGCUCGCAGAACGGCGCGAGUGCUGGUGUUGGUGGUGAUGCAGCUGACGGGUCCGCCCCCGACGCGGGGGCGGGCGGACUGGACCUCACCAAGACGGUCGGCGGCGCCGCGCAAGGACUCACCCAGGGCGCCGUGGCCAAGCUGCAAGAUGUCGGUGAGGCAGCAAAACACAAAGCUGAAGCUGUUGCUGAAACUGUUGAAACUAAGGCAGUAGAGGUAAAAGAGCAAGUAGAAGAGAAAGUAAAAGCAGUCACAGAACAGGUGAAGGAGAAGGUUGAAAAUUUUAUACCAAUCAAGAAAGAAGAUGGGCAAGACCUGACAAAAGUAGGAGAUGAUGCUCUUAAGAAUGUUACUACAAAGGUUGGAAAUGAACUGGAGAAUGUCAGUGAACAGGUUACUGACAAAGUGCAUGACACUGUAGAGAAAACCAGUGAAGAGGUGGGAAAUGUAGCAGAGAAGGCAGGUGCAGAAUUUCAGAACAUAAGUGAAAAGGUUAACACUGAAUUGGAACAUUCAGUCAACAGAGCCAGUUCUGAAGUUGAAGAGAUAACGACAGAAAUUGGGACUGCUGCUGAAAACCUACAUAUGUCAAUAGAUAAAGCUGAUAUUGAUAUGGUUGAUGAAGAAUUGAGAGCUAUUGAAGAAAUGGAAGCAACUGAAAAGAUGGUGAAAGAAGAGGGAUCCAUGCAUGAAAAUAUGGUCAUGUCAGCAGCAUCCACAGCUGAAAAUGAAAUUGAUGAGAAGCAUGAAACAGAAGAUGCAAAGGAAAGCCGAAGUAAACAUGCCACUCCUGAUUUGGACAAGAAUGUUACUGAAGAUACUGAAAAAUCUGGAAAUGGUAGUCCAGUAACUAAUGAAAGUGAUGAGAAGACUAAUCCAAGUGCAUAAUUGUGACAGAAUUUUUUGGUUUGUGUGUGUUGAAUGGUUUAAUGAAUACAGAACAGAAAAUAAAUGAUAUUUUGUAAAAUUAAUGUGCUAUUUUGAAAAUAUUCUUGUAAAAAACCAAAUGGACAUACAAGAUGCAAAAUAUGGUUGUGCAGGACACAGUAAAAGAAGUUAUAUUACAGUUUAUGUGCAAAAAUGGUGUUGACUGUUACUUUAAGUUUAGAAAUACUUAAUCCAACAGCACCCUCAACUUUCUCCAUUAUUCCACACUCCUGCUGCAGUGUAGGAGCACAUGCACACACAAACACACAGAAUAUACUAACCAAUAAGAAAUAAUUUGAUAAUAUUGUUUUUAUAUACAAAGAAAAUUAAAAUAAAUCUUUAUUUC